GUGUCAGGGAGCCCCAAGGCCACCCUUGGGUUUGGCGAUUUGCUACAAGGACUCACGGAACUCGGAAAACCUGGUGGACUCACAGUUACGGUUUAUUACAGCGAAAGGAUACGGAUUAAAACCAGCAAGGGAAAAAGGCGCAUAGGGCAGAGUCCAGGAGAGCCCAGGCACAAGCUCCCAGAUGUCCUCUCCCACUGGAGUCUCACAGACACGCUUGAUUCUCCCACCAACAAUGUGUGACAACAUGUAUGAAGUAUUGCCAGCCAGGAAGGCUCACCUGAGGCUUAGUGUCCAGCAUUUUUUACUUGGCAUCAGUCACAAAGUGACAGGGCAUGUCACUGUCCCACUUGUACCGGGACGGGGAAGGCCAAGGCCUCAUGGAUGACGAGGACGAGCGGGAGAACUUUGAGAUCACCGACUGGGAUCUCCAGAAUGAAUUCAACCCCAACCGGCAGCGCCACUGGCAGACCAAGGAAGAGGCCACCUACGGAGUAUGGGCAGAGCGAGACUCGGAUGAAGAGAGGCCCAGCUUUGGAGGCAAACGGGCCCGCGACUACUCGGCGCCAGUCAACUUCAUCAGCGCGGGGCUCAAGAAAGGGGCGGCAGAAGAGCCGGAGCUGGAAGGCUCCGACGAUGAGGAGAAACCUGUUAAGCAGGAUGAAUUUCCUAAGGAUUUCGGACCAAAGAAGUUAAAAACGGGUGGCAAUUUUAAACCCAGCCAGAAAGGUUUUGCAGGAGGAACCAAGUCUUUCAUGGAUUUUGGCAGCUGGGAAAGACACACAAAAGGAAUUGGACAGAAGCUUCUUCAGAAGAUGGGCUAUGUCCCUGGAAGAGGCCUCGGGAAGAACGCACAAGGUAUCAUCAACCCAAUCGAAGCCAAGCAGAGAAAGGGGAAGGGCGCCGUGGGGGCAUAUGGCUCGGAGCGCACCACUCAGCCCAUCCAAGACUUCCCCAUGGCUGACUCCGAAGAAGAAGCCGAGGAGGAAUUUCAGAAGGAGCUGAGCCAGUGGAGGAAAGACCCCAGUGGAAGCAAGAAGAAGCCCAGAUACUCUUACAAGACAGUGGAAGAGUUGAAAGCCAAGGGCAGGAUUAGCAAGAAGCUCGCUGCUCCCCAGAAGGAGCUUUCUCAGGUCAAGGUCAUAGACAUGACGGGCCGGGAGCAGAAGGUCUACUACAGCUACAGCCAGAUCAGCCACAAGCACAGCGUCCCCGACGACGGGCUCCCGCUGCAGUCACAGCAGCCGCCCCAGCCCGGCAAGGAGGCCAAGGCCCCCGGCUUCGCACUGCCGGAGCUGGAGCACAACCUGCAGCUGCUCAUCGACCUCACAGAGCAGGAGAUCAUCCAGAACGACCGGCAGCUGCAGUACGAGCGAGACAUGGUGGUCAACCUGUCCCACGAGCUGGAAAAGGUGUCGGAGGUCCUGGAGCACGAGGAACGGGCCAUCUCCAACCUGAGCAAGGUCCUGGGGCUCGUGGAGGAGUGCGAGCGGCGCCUGCAGCCCGGGUGCGGUGACCCCCUUACCCUGGAUGAGUGCGCCCGCAUCUUCGAGACCCUGCAGGACAAGUACUACGAGGAGUACAGGAUGUCCGACCGCGUGGACCUGGCCGUGGCCAUCGUCUACCCGCUCAUGAAGGACUACUUCAAGGAGUGGGACCCCCUCAAGGACUGUACGUAUGGCACCGAGAUCAUCUCCAAGUGGAAAAGCCUCCUGGAGAACGACCAGCUGUUGUCCCACGGGGGGCAGGACCUCUCAGCAGACGCCUUCCACAGGCUGAUAUGGGAAGUCUGGAUGCCAUUUGUUCGAAAUAUCGUCACUCACUGGCAGCCGAGGAACUGUGACCCGAUGGUGGACUUUCUGGAUAGCUGGGUGCACAUCAUUCCCGUGUGGAUCCUGGAUAACAUCCUGGACCAGCUCGUCUUCCCCAAGCUGCAGAAGGAGGUGGAAAACUGGAACCCGCUCACAGACACCGUCCCCAUCCACUCGUGGAUCCACCCGUGGCUGCCUCUCAUGCAGGCGCGCCUGGAGCCGCUCUACUCUCCCAUCCGCAGCAAGCUGGCCAGCGCCCUGCAGAAGUGGCACCCCAGCGACUCCUCGGCCAAGCUCAUCCUCCAGCCCUGGAAGGACGUCUUCACCCCCGGCUCCUGGGAGGCAUUCAUGGUCAAGAACAUAGUGCCCAAACUGGGGAUGUGCCUCGGGGAGUUGGUCAUCAACCCCCACCAGCAGCACAUGGAUGCUUUUUACUGGGUCAUCGACUGGGAAGGGAUGAUCUCUGUCUCCAGCCUGGUGGGGCUUCUUGAAAAGCACUUCUUCCCCAAGUGGCUUCAGGUGCUGUGCUCCUGGCUCAGUAACAGCCCAAAUUAUGAGGAGAUCACCAAGUGGUACCUGGGUUGGAAGUCCAUGUUCUCAGACCAAGUGCUGGCGCACCCAUCCGUCAAGGACAAAUUUAACGAGGCACUUGAUAUCAUGAACAGGGCGGUGUCCUCCAAUGUCGGUGCCUACAUGCAGCCCGGAGCACGGGAGAACAUCGCCUACCUCACCCACACGGAGCGGAGGAAGGAUUUCCAGUACGAGGCCAUGCAGGAACGACGAGAGGCUGAGAACAUGGCCCAGAGAGGCAUCGGCGUGGCUGCCAGCUCCGUGCCCAUGAACUUUAAAGACCUCAUUGAGACCAAGGCCGAGGAGCACAACAUCGUCUUCAUGCCCGUCAUCGGGAAGCGACACGAAGGGAAGCAGCUGUACACCUUCGGCCGCAUCGUCAUCUACAUCGAUAGGGGCGUGGUGUUCGUGCAGGGGGAGAAGACCUGGGUGCCCACCUCCCUGCAGAGCCUGAUUGACAUGGCCAAGUAGACCGCAGCCCCUGCCACGGACAGACUGGUGAAUAAACAAACGGUAUUUUAAAUC